UUCCGUAAGCAGGUCCAUGAGUGGGAUAGUGUGCAUGGAUUACUCGCGAGUGCGACAGAUUUCCAUGCUUAACUGUUAAAAAUUAGAAAAAUGUGUAUAGAAACAGGUGAAAUGAAUCAUCGAGGAAACUCAGCUAUGAACGAGUCGAAAAUUGCAGACCUGCCCCUGCGAGAAAAUGACGAUGGAUUGCGAAUCCGUCGCAUUGCGGGAGGUUGCAUGAUCAACCACGCGCCACUGUUUUCGUCGGAUGGCGACGUUAUUUACGUGAUAUGGGACAGAAUAGUUAGAGCUUUCAGUGUGACAACUGGUGAAGUUGUGCGCGAUUAUGACGGAAUCGAUUCCAAUAUUAUUGGAGUUUUAAUCGAUCGUAAUAAUCCGAAACUAUUGUACGGAUGUACCCGCAAUGGUAUAAUUUUAAGCUGGAACGUAGACUCCGGCGUACUGCACGGAAAGAAGCAAAUUUUGCACAAAACUGAAGUACAAGUGAAUCACUUCAGCAUUCUGUAUAGCGACCACGGCGUAGCGACAUUUCUUAUAAGUGGUCGCACAAGUAAAAUGCUGAUUUGGAUUUACUGUCCUACAAAACAGAAAAUUCUACAUUCGUCAGCAUUGGAUGGAAAUCUGAGUACUACAAAAUUUCAACUAGCAUCAGGAGGAGAAAAACUAAACUACUUUGCCUUCAUCACGGAUUCGCUGUGGCACUGGGCAAAGAUUGAACCGGAAAUUCGGGUGUUUACUCGAAAACAUUGUAACAAUGUGGCACCGCAGGUUAUCGCAUGUCAUCCAACGGAAGAUAUUGUGGCCGUUGGGGACGGUAUUGGCAGGGUAGUGUUGUACAAAAGCUUCCUGAAAACGGCGGCACCCAUACCGGAAAUCUACCACUGGCAUGCGAACCCGGUACAGUGUGUUGAAUUUUCUUACUCGGGGACACAUUUUUAUUCCGGCGGGCUGGAAAGAGUGCUGGUCAAGUGGAAGGUUGGAGAUCAAGCCAACAAAGAAAUGGUUCCCCGACUGUCGGAUUCCGUUGUACAAAUUUCUGUAGCACCGGAAAAUAUUCGUUUGGCUUUGUGCACUGCCGAUAACGGAAUACAAAUUCUCAAUGCACUACAGAAACAAACGGCCGUGGUGCAGAGUUUUUCGAAAAUUUCCGAUGAUUUCACCGGUCAGAAUCCUUUUCCGGUUGGAAUACGGGUUAACCCCAGGACCCAGGCGAUGAUUCUGAACGGUCGAAUUGGUUGCAUUCAGUUUUUUUCGACCUACAGCCGAUCGUUACUUCACACGUUGGAUAUUACGUUGAAAAAUUAUAACACCAUAGAACAGAAGAACGUCAUCUACAACACCGUCGUCACCAAGGUUGCCGUCAACGCCUACUGGUUAGCCACGAGCGAAACGUGGAACGAUAAUCGCUACUCGGCGGAAACACGACUGAAGUUGUGGAAAUACGACGAGUCCCGUCAGAACUACACACUCAACACAAACGUCGAAAAUGUCCACCAGAAUGGCAUCAACGGUUUAGAAUUUUCCAGCUCUAGCAAAGAGCGUGAUUUGCUGUGUGCCACGGCCGGAAAUGACCACUGUGUUAAGGUUUGGUCUGUGGAGGAUAUGGAACUCACCGGGGGAGGCGAAAAACUAGUCUGGGUGUGCGUGGGGCGGGUGGAAUAUAAGAACUUUCCGGUGCGAUCGAUUUCUUUCUCGCAGGACGGCUCAUUGCUGGCCGGUGGUUUCGGGAAUGUUCUUUGUGCUUGGAGUGCGGAAACCUUGCGGCUCAAAUGUGUUCUUUCGGCACCCGCUGGCUACGAUGGGGGCGUGAAUCAAGUUGUGCUGUCAGUUCCUAAGAAAAAUAAGGCAAUCGAUAGAAAAGAAUACCUCGAAAAAAGGAGCAAAAUUAUUCGAGAAAUGCUAGAAGUACUGGACAAAAAAGAUGCAUCAGUGCUAUUUAAAAACACGAAACCUCGUAAGAAAGAUCGUGUUGUGAAGGAUCAUGGACAUACCGUGGAGAAACUUUCCUUAGAUGAGAAGAAGUUAGCGUUCAAAAGAAUUCAGCAACACAACGAACUAACGUUUCUUCAGAAGGCUGAACUUUUCUACCGGCUUCGUAUCCAGUGUAAAUCAACGGCAGAAAUGCGGCAGAAAAUCGAAGCAAAAUUGUCUGCGGCCAAAAAUAUUUCGACACAAGCUGAGCAACGUCUUCAAAAAAUUGUCAAUGAACUUAGUUCCGAUGCUAGAUUUUGCAGCAAAAGAAAAUUGCACUGUUACCAGCGAAGGAAAGCCCACGCUCCCGGGUUGGCUCAGUUCACGUAUUUGUUCGAUUCUAGUAAAAAACAACGAUUGCGGCAACAACCCCAGGAAACUAACAAGCAGCAACCAAUCAAAACCGUCGCCUGUGUCAAACAAGUUCGAUUCUGUUACGGCGAAUACUCGCACCUGAUUGUGGUGUGUACGGAAAAUAGGCUGCUGGUUUGGAACCUACUAACCCUGAGAAUUCAAGUGACCGUCAAUCUAACCGUGGAAACAAUUGCCAUCGAUUCGUUUACAAAUUUGAUUGCUACCUUUACCGGCGAUAACGAAUUGUGCAUAUUCCUGCCGAACAUACCGAUGCCAUUGUAUCACCGGAAAGGCCUACCGAAGGUUUACGGUGCUGCCUGGAUACCGCGAAGGUACCCAAAGUCACAAUCCCUCAGCGUGGACUGGCAGGCGGUAUCCCAGCUUUAUUUUCUCAAUCAAAACCAGGAAUUACUUCAUCUGGUAUCCGAUAGCGACGAGGAAUCGCUCGGUCCCGCAGUGUAUAUGAGCGAUGUUCUGGGCAAUGGUUUACCCAACACACCGUUUGCCGUUAUGUUGGCUAAACAAACGACUGGAAUGGGAGUGCAACAUUCGGCGUUGAUGAAUACGAUGAAUGCUGGUGCAAUUGGAGUGGCUGGCAAGAAAAGUGUGAAAGAGAUAAUCCAACCUGACAACACCAUUGUUCAACAGAUCGCAGAGCUUGCUGCAUUAAAUCAAAACCAUAAGUCGGAAAUCCAAGGUUAUUAAGUUUCCUUAACAAACCAUCAGCGACUAGGUUCCAUAAAAGUGGGGAUAGUACACCACCUUGAGGGCACCCACAGACACUCAGCUUUCUAAUCUCUGCUUGCCGAAGCGAUGAACAAAGAAGUCGAUUGCUAAGCAUUGCGUGUAUCCAAUUUGUGAUACUUGAAGGUACGCCAUGACCACGGGCUGUUUCCAGAAUUGAAUUGAAAGACACGUUAUCAAAGGCACCUUCAAUAUCUAGGAAAACUCCCAAGCAAGAUUGCUUUUGUGAGAAAGCUUUUUCAAUGUUGUACACAACAUCAUGUAACAGGGUUGUAGUGGACUUUCCACGCUGGUAAGCAUGUUGCAUUCCAUGUAGCGGAUGCACGCCCAAACUAACAUUCCCGAUAUAGUGAUCUACUAUGCGUUCCACUGUUUUAAGGAGAAAUGAGCUAAGACUGAUAGGCCUGAAACUCUUCGCUUCCUCAUAAGUGUCGCGACCGCCUUUGGGAAUAAAUUUGACGAUUAUUUCCUACCAGGCUCUUGGAAUAUAUCCUGUCGCAAGACUAAAAGUAAGUAUUUUCUUCAAAACAUGUUUGAAAUGUUCAUACCCUUUCUGCAGUAACACUGGGAAAAUUCCAUCCUUUCCAGGAGACUUGUACGGAGCAAAACUCUCAACUGCCCAUUUGACCGAUUCAAUCGUCACAACGCUUCGAGCAAGGGCCCAAGAAUCGUAACUACCUGAAAAAGUCUCGGGAAGAGCUGUCGGUGAUGGAUCCAUACAUCCUGGAAAGUGAGUGUUAAAAAGAUAGUGAAGUACAUCACCUUCAUCAGACAAGUGUUCACCAUCUAAAGUUCUCAAGAAACUGACAUUAAAGUCCUUAGACUUCGAAAGUAACUUAUUUAAUCUGCUAGCCUCGUUGAGACUAGAGACAUUUGUGCAAAGGCUUUUCCAACCACUUCGCUCAGACGAUCGAAGAGCAUUUUUGUAAGCCCACGAAUGCCUCCGA